AUGAGAGCUGAAUAUGUUGGAUAAGUUUUUGUUCUAUACUUUAGGUGUUUAUUCCAAGUUACCACCUUGUUAUUGUAACCAGAUAUCCACACCAUUCUUGGAUUCUAAAGUAAUGCAUUUAUUAAAACAGUUAGCCUAUAGCCUUCACCUUCAUCGAGCACGGCGGGAUAACUGGUUGCAGUUAUCGUUCGCGUAGCAAGACAUUUUGAAUGCUUUUAACCGUUUAGGUAGACAGGAGCCCAGUCUUAUCGCUGGAAGCACAUGCGUCUCUCGUGCUAAGCUGCAAAUCACAUUUCUAGCGUAGCACCAAGACACUUUCGCGUCUAAAGAGUUAGAUUCGUUUUGUUGUAUGUUGCAUGCUGUUCCUGUUUGUUACUGUAACUUAUUUUGCAUACUAUUAUUCUUUUCAGCAACUGUUUUCUGCGUUUUUUCUCUCGUUUCAGGUCAGGACACGUUACAUCGACAACGUUUACCAGCAGUAAUGGCGAGUGGCAUUGUCUCAGUUAGCGGACUUCCUACGACACGACCAGAGCUUGGUGGACCAAGUACUCUUUCAGCUGUUUUGACUGGACCAUCUCGAGAUCCUGUAUUGGAGACUCUAAAUAAUUGCAACAGAGCCAUGCUUUUCUCUGCUAUGAUGGAUUCAGACCUUUUUAACAGCGGCUUUGUCUCCACAACUCAUAGACAACUCCCAGAAAUGGAAAGAAAAGUCUUAGACCUAGCUGCAGCUACAGAUGUUGUACAAGGCGUUUUCUACUCCAUUGCCUUUACACAGGGAAGUCAGAUGUUUGUGCGCUAUUUUGAAAGUGGAUGCUUCUCUGGAAUCAUGCCAUCCAUGUCCAGUGUUCUUCAGGAAUCGGAUUCAACAGUCACUCAACUUUUCCCAUAUAGAAUAUUCACCAAGCAAGACUUGGACAAGAAAGUUCUACAGCAGAAAAAGGCAGCAGCCUCUCGAAGCAAAAGCCGUGUGAAACAGAAUGGGCCUACUCAUGUACCGAAUAGACAACGCUACAGCCAGUAUUUCAACAGCAGAUACAGUGUAUGCAAAGUAGUGUUUGAUAAGUUGUCCAUGCCAGCGCAGUCUGAAGACAUAUCCAACAAGCUUCAGGUAUCAUCUGUAAUUUUCCACUGUGUCAAGAAAAAUGCAGAUGAAAAUCACAUACGUGACAGGCCUCUACACAUAUUUGGGCUUCAUCACCCUGACACGCUUUUGCAAGUUCUAAAGCAUCACAGAAUCCAUGGAAACCACGUUGUAGAUGACCCUGUGGACUUCAGCAGCUUGAAAGAAGAAAUAAAACCCAAAAGUGUUGAAGAAGAGUUCCACAUUUUGUCAUCAGUAUCAAACUAUCACUGGGACAAUGACCAGACAGCGAACUACAUGCAGUACUUUUCUACAUACAAUGAAGACACAAGGAAGUACCCUACCUCUUUAAGAAAUAAAAUCAUAUUUAACUUCAGAAUUGGAUGUCAAGAAAAGUAUACACAAAGUGUGAAGAUGCUUUCUGCUCAACAUGCUCAGGGAAACAGUGAAGACUCCACUCACUCAUCACAGACUACAUCCAUGCAGCCUCCACAGAAACGAAGACGAAUUGCGAACCGUGUGAGGAGAGUGACACCAGAAAACUUUGCCCUUUCUCUCAACCUAUCAGAACACAUAGUUACUCCUAAUGUUGCUCAACCAUCAUCGCUGUUUGACAACUUCUCAACACGUCUCAUUGAAGGUGGCACUAUUCUCUGGCAGUCUCAUUCCUUUACCAAGGAUGUGUUGAUUAUAAGUGACUAUUGUCCUGAAAGUGGAAAGUUCAAGCCCCAGUCAUACUGCAAAGUGACUGCUUCAUGAGGAGGAGGAUACAACACAUGUCCAGUGUUCUUGUUCUGUUUACAAGAUGCUGCUAAGCCAUGUACACGAAAGUGACAUUGAAAAUGAGGACACAGAAGAAACAUAUCUAGACACAUCAGGUGUUACAUGCAUGCAUGCCCGAUUUGUGAAAGAGUAUGUACUGCAAGAUUAUCACAAUCUCUUCAGUUCAGAAUUUCAACCUGUGUCUGACAAAGAUAAAAAGUUGAGGGAUUCAAUGUUGGUGCAAAAUCAGGAAAUAGUGCUGGUUGCAGAAUCUCCUCGUGUAACCAAAUAUUCAGUAAAAGGAAGAAAUGAAAGUGUUGAAUUUGUUCAUGUCAACAAUGAUAACUGGACUAUUUCAUGCCAAUCAGGACUUUGUUCUGUUGGAAAAUCUAAAACUGUAAAGAACUUAGAGGUAUCCCAAAGGCUCUGUCCACAUUUAUUGACAAUGAAAGAAAACCAACAACUCUGGAUUCCUUCAACAUCAACUGAGGAACUGACGAGCCCUUCUUCAUCUACAUUCACUGUAAAGUCAAACUUCAAUGUCGACACUGGCUUCUGGGACUUUGGAUCACUGAGUAAACAUAUUCCAACUCCUCAGAGUUGCCCAAAAUACAGGGAAAAUAUCCACUUGCAUGAAAAAUGGUGCUUUCAGCACCAAACAGAUGAAUCUGGUUUUGUCAGUAAUAUCUUGCUUUGUCCUGCACUACCAGAAAACUGUUCAUGUGGGGGCACCUACCAUGAUGUACAAACACCAGAUGGCAUUAACCUACUACAGCAGUACAGCACUCAAACAACACUUUACACCAGACUAGCCCCUAUUAAGGCAACUGUGUGCUACAGAAAGUGCAGUAAUGGCAAAUGUUUGCUGUAUUAUACAGGGGAAGAGGAAGGCAUUCACUUUAGGAGCAAAGAAACCGCCAUUGUUGAUGAACUCUGCCAUUGUUGAUGAACUCUGUCAUUGUUGAUGAACUCUGCCAUUGUUGAUGAACUCUGCCAUUGUUGAUGAACUCUGCCAUUGUUGAUGAACUCUGUCAUGACUUUUUGUAAAGAAAUUACAAGCUUUUCAAGUGACAGUGUCACAUUCACUGGUUACUGCAAAGAAAUGGAUCGUAUGUACAAGUCAAGACAAUGAAUCCAGUUUUAUGUCUCAGAGUACAUUUAACAACUGUUUUUUCUCCUGGGCAGCAAAUAUGAAGAUUGACUUCAGGAAGAUUGGAGAUCCAUUCUGUAUAUCUCCCGAAGUACUUGCAUGUGAUGGAACCCAUGUUGGUGUUGUGUUUCGCCAUAUCCGAGCAACACCAAUCGAAAGAUCAGAAUUAGAUGAGGAGAUACCUGUUGGUCCCAAACGAUUUGACAGAGUGUUCUUGCCUUAUUCACAGAACACAUGCAAGAGUGAGGUACAGAUUGCAAGGAUGCAUUUAAAACAUUUAGCAAAAGCCACACUCCAUACAGAACAUGAGGAUAUUUCACAGGAUACGAUUGAUGAAAGAAGUGAUGUAUUGAUUAGAGUAGCAUCUCAUCAGUGUAAGCAAGUUUUGCAGCACUUUGUGAGUGACAGUUAUGAUCAACACUUGAAAGAAGCUCUUGCCCCAUUAUUGAAACUUUUGGGUAGUGAUGCCUCUGUCUCAGCAGUCAUUCCCCCUCAUACAUUCCCCCUCAUAUGUGUGACAAACUCAAAAAAGCAUCAUAUAAUAUUUUGAACAAAUGCCAAUUAUCACUCAGUUUUAGAGAUGUCAAACUUAUUCGGCCCAAAAUACAUCAUCUUUUGCAGAGUUCUUACACCUCACAAUUUGCAGCUGAAAUACAUGAUUUCAUAGCGUACCUAGCAGACUAUGCAAAGAACUUACAUACACAUUUACCUGCUUACCAGGAUGCCCAUCCCAUCCCUAAAUCUUACAAUCCAGAAAGUGGUGUGGCAUAUCAUUUUACUGAAAGUGGAGAACAGGUUAGAAAACUCCCUAUCUACAACAUCAAAACUAAAAUUUAUGAUGACCUACCAGCAGCAGAUGAAAAAUGUAACAAGGACUUCCCUAGAGUCAGCACAAGUGGACACAGUAGUUUGUUUUUCUGGUUUUGUCCCAUUCAUGGUCAUUGUAUUGGGUUCCACAUAAUUCCUGAAUGCGAA